ACCUGUGCAAUGGAGAGCCUGUGUGGCGAGCGGCUGUGUAGCAAAGGCUGUAAAUUAAGGGUCCAAAAAUGCCAUGUGAUUCUCCGAGCAUAGCUGCAACUUUAGGAAAAGUUUGUUCCUAUAGUAACUGCCAGAUGAAUUACAUAAGGUAUCAGACAUGCUCAGGAACUUGGGUGACAGCUUCUUCAGAAAAUGCCUCUGCGGUUUAAAGGGCCACGAUGGGCAUCCUGGAAUAUUGGUGUAUUCAUCUGUAUUCGUUGUGCUGGGAUCCACAGGAACUUAGGAGUUCAUAUAUCCAGGGUAAAAUCUGUCAAUCUCGACCAGUGGACGCAAGAACAGAUACAGUGCAUGCAAGAGAUGGGAAACGGAAAAGCAAAUCGUCUUUAUGAAGCCUACCUGCCAGAGAACUUCAGGAGACCUCAAACAGACCAAGCUGUGGAGAGCUUCAUUCGGGAUAAAUAUGAAAAGAAGAAAUACAUGGACCGAAGUAUUGACAUCAAUGCAUUUAGGAAAGAAAAGGAUGACAAAUGGAAAAGGAGUAAUGAGCCAGUAUCAGAAAGAAAACUGGAACCUAUCAUCUUUGAGAAGGUGAAAAUGCCUCAAAAGAAAGAAGAAACCCAGCAGUCUAGAAAAAGCUCUCCUAAAUCUACUGAACCAGUAAUGGACUUGCUAGGACUGGAUGCUCCCGUGACAACCACCAUUACAAACGGCAGGCCUAGCAGCUUAGAGAAGGAUCUUGAUCUUUUUGGGUCGGUGGGAUCAAACUCUGACUCCAGGAAGGUCACUGGGUCUAUGCCAACAUCUGGAAGUGCUGGUUCUGUUCCUGAAAACCUGAACCUCUUCCCUGAGCCAGGAGGCAAAGGCGAGGAAGCGGGAAAGAAGCAGCUCUCUAAAGACUCUAUCCUCUCCUUGUAUGGCUCGCAAACACCUCAGCUGCCUGCGCAAGGAGCAAUGUUCAUGGCCCCAGCUCAGAUGGCGUAUCCUGCAGCAGCCUAUACUAGCUUUCCAGGAGUAGCCCCCUCCAGCAGCAUGAUGGGCGGCAUGAUGGCACCGUCAGUGGGAAUGAUGGCCCAGCCUGGAGCUGCAGGGAUGGUGACUCCCAUGGCCAUACCAGCUGGAUAUGUGGGUAAUGUGCAGGCAGCUGUCAUUGGUGUCCCCAACGGGAUGAUGGCUGCGCAGCAGGCUGGCUACGUAGCUGGCAUGGCAGCAGUUCCCCAACCCGUCUAUGGUGUGCAGCCAGCACAGCAGCUUCAGUGGAACAUUGCUCAGAUGACCCAGCAGAUGGCUGGGAUGAACUUCUAUGGAGCUAAUGGCAUGAUGGGAUAUGGACAGUCAAUGGGUGGAGGAGGCGCCCAGGGAAGCAAUCAGUCCCUCAGCACUCAGAUGUGGAAAUGAUCCCUUGCGUUGUGACCAUUUUUGCCUUCUGUUCUGUUCUUCAAAACUGCUCCAUGAGACAUUCAGGGUUUUUUCUUUCUG